CCUGAGGGUUGAACGUCGAGUUGAAUUUGGACUGUGACAACCUUUUUUUUACUAAUAUUACAGUGUCUAGAUAAGAUUUUUGAUGGUUAUCUCAUUCACUCAAUUUGCUGAAAUGCGUCGGUUCCGCAGAUCGUUUUUCGGGUAGGCUGAGAUCGGAUCAAAUGCUGAUACCCUCUAUUUUUAUUUGAUAAUCUUUGGGUUUGGAGACGUCUCCGAGGUUCAAUAGCCAUCAUGUUCUGAACAGUGAACAAGGCAAAUGUCCCGGUGAUGUAAUCCUGAGAAUUGAUCCCUACAUGCCCGAGGGUCGGGUGUGCAAAGUCGCACCACUAACGUCCUCAUAUUUAAUCCACUCUUCCCCCCCUUCCGCCUGAACCCAUAUUUCUUUCCUGCGACUUAGAAUGUCUUCCGAUUUAUCCGAAGCUGAUAUAACCGCAAUCGUGCAUGAAAAUGACACCUAUCCUGACCAAGUGUGGUAUACAAUCGCCGUAUUUCUCUUCGUGGUUGGCUGCUUCCAGUGGGGCUCACUCCUUCACUCCAAAUUUGCCAGGCGUAGACACCACGAAUCUGACGAAGAAACGGGUACCACCAAUGACAUUCAAUACAAAGUGUCUCUCCGUCGUAUCCCGCUCGCAAUCGUAAAUGCUUAUCGUGUUGUUGCUUUCCGGUGGACCCUAGAAAUCGGGCAAUCUUACACCCUCAACAUGGCAGAGGUUUUUACCACUGUGGCAUACAUCGCCCUUCUGUUGAUCUACGCCUUCAUUAAUACCACCUCAGUCGAGGAUCAGAAGCUUGAUAUCAUCUACUGGAGCAACCGCAUAGCUAUGCUGGCGUCCAGUCAGUUUCCCAUUGUGACAGCUCUUGGCACAAAGAACAAUCUCGUGUCUCUGGUCACAGGCAUAAGCUAUGAUAGGCUUAAUUAUAUCCAUCGAAUGAUGGCUAGGACAUGCUUCAUGCUUCUUUGGGUCCAUGCAGCGGGAGAAGUGGUAUGCUUUUCCUCCUUCCGGGAGACUUUGAGCGAACCAUGGCUUCGUGCUGGUAUCACUGCCAUGGUCGCUUUCUCUAUUCUGAUAAUAGUAUCACUGCGUCCCGUUCGCAGUGACAUCUAUGAGGUCUUCUUUUACGUCCACUUCCUUGGCGUCCUGAUAUUUCUGGUGGGAGGAUAUUACCACACCAAGGGUGCUUACGGGUCGUACUGGAUAUGGCCCUCGUUUGUGAUCUGGGCUCUCGAUCGCUUCAUCCGGGCAGCUCGACUUGUUGUAUUCAAUCACUCUUACUUUGGAUUCAAGUCAGGAUCUGGGACGAUGGAUGCAAUGACGGAAAUGCUUUCUGAAGAUGUCGUCCGAUUGUGCUUACGUCGACCCCCGCAUUUCCAUUGGUCCCCAGGACAAACGGCAUAUCUAAUCAUGCCUUCGGUUUCGACACUGCCAUUCGAAGCGCAUCCCUUUACUAUUGCCAGUUUUGAUUCCAGUCUGCUUUCAACCCCGAACACGGAGGAUCAAUCGGGAAGCGGUGAAGAUUACGAACCCCAGGUUCUGGGAUCAAGCGCUCCAUUCUGGAAGGAGCUAGUGUUUUUGGUCAACGUGCACGGAGGGUUCACGAAGAAACUCAAAGAGGUAGCUGCUACGAAGGGCAUGGUUAAGGUUUUUGUAGAUGGUCCUUAUGGCUCGUCUCCUGACCUCGAUUCUUACGACACGUCUGUAUUUGUAGCAGGAGGGUCUGGUAUAUCGUAUACCCUUCCGGUCUUCCUGAGCGUCAUCGAGCGUGUACGUGAAGGAAAAAGCUCUUGCAAACGAGUGGUGUUCAUUUGGUCAAUACGCGGGGCUGGAUAUGUUCAAUGGAUCGAAGAAGCACUCAUCAAGGCUGUUCAGCUUGCCCCGCCUUCUUUGAUAGUAUCCAUCCGCAUCUUUAACACUGGUUCUCUAUCAACGACACAGUCCAUGGAAAGAAAUUCCAGCCUUUCAAAUGCAAUAGAGAAGAACGGUACUUCUGAACAGGUUGAAACACAGAAGGGAUCUUCAAUGUCAUUGUUAUGGUCGUUACGCGGGGUCAAGAUGGAAAAUGGACGAUCGGACCUGGAUGUACUGCUCAAAGAAGAGGUUAGCAUGGCCUCAGGGAGUAUGUCAGUGAGCGUUUGCGGAUCUCAGGGGAUAGCGCGCGCGGUCCGUCAUGCACUUCGCUUCCCUGUAUCUGGACCUUCCAGUAUUCUCAGUGGAGGGCCGAGCGUAACCCUAUAUGUCGAGUCGUUCGGAUACGCCUGAUCAAUAGUCUCCUCUGAUAUGCGUUGUUUACUUCUAUGCGCGACCCAUUUUGUUUUCUUGGUUUUCUUGCGUUAUGUUACUGUAGCUGUUUAACAAGUAUGGUGGAUGAUAGUUUACAUUACGCAUUAGAAAUACUCCAUUUUAACUGUCGGAACAUCCUUACAUUAUUUGUUAAUGUACAUUGGAUCAUCAGCUGCGAAAAGGAAGUUGAAUGGCUCACGCCCGCUACAGAAUAAAUAAUACACGUGCAACUCGCAAACGCCUGUAAGAACAAGGUUAAACUUCUGGCAUCACACCCUUGAUCCGAUCAGCACUGAAUUCUUUUGAGCGCGAUGGCUGAAACAGAUAGUUCUUCGCCUACACAGGAAAUUUCCGAAGACGUUGAAAAAAUCACCUCCAUGUCCAAGCAUCUCAGACAUCACGGAGGAACUUGGGAAGCAGCACUGGAUGUCU